AUGAUAGUUACUCAACAUCUUCCAGUAGAUAUAUUACGUUCAUUGCAGCUGAUACGAGAACUUGAUGAUGAGAGCUCAACCUGUAUAAAUGAGUUAGAUGAGCUUGCAUUAACAGUAUCGACUGCUGAACCGGAAAAAUAUGUUGAAAUGGCACGAUUAUUGAAAAUAUCUAGAGAGAACCGUUCUAUAGCAUUAACAGAAGCAUGCAAGAUUCAUAAAACAGUUGAGCGACAUCUUGAUGCGAUUGAACAAACAUUACAAAACCUACAAGAAGGAUUAGUAAGAAGUCAACAAAUGAAAGAACUAGAAGUUAUAAAUAAAGAAAAAAUAAAAAUUAAAAAAAAACAUCGUAAUAUUUCAAAAGAGCCAAGAUAUUGUUUUUGUAACCAAAUUUCAUAUGGACGAAUGAUUGCAUGUGAUAAUGACAAAUGUAAAAGAGAAUGGUUUCAUUGGGAUUGCGUGUCUAUUAGUUCAGUACCUAAAGGUAAAUGGACGUGUUCGGAUGAAUGCGCAUUAUCUAUUAAUCUCAAAAAAAAGAAAAAAUCCUAG